AUGAUUGCUUGUUCUACAAAUUAUCUAGAUAAUGAUAAACAAUUAAUGUUACGACCCAAUAAUCAAAAUGAUUCUUUGAACUCAUCUGCUAUUUUCUCAUAUGGCCCCAACCAUGAGCUGGAUAUUGACAUAGAAAACUCUAGCUUAAGGCAUAAUAUUGUUCGUGAACUGUUCAAAGGGAAUAUUUCUUCUCCUAUUCAUGAUGAAUUACAACUUGGUGGGCUUAGAAUAUUAGAUGUUGGAUGUGGUUCAGGUACUUGGUUAUUUGAAGUAUCAUCCGAUUAUCCACUUUGUGAAUGCAUUGGAAUGGAUAGGACCAAGCCUUUUAUUGACAAUAGACCAAAGAAUGUGAAUUUUGUUCUGGCUAACAUUCUGGAAGAAUUUCCAUUAUGCGAUAAUUCAUUCGACUUCGUAUACGUGCGUAACUUAUCAUAUGAUUUAACAGAAUUUCAAUGGACUCAUUUAAUUAAUGAAUGUAUUCGAGUCUUAAAACCUGGUUGUUAUUUUGAGGUAACAGAAACCGAGCUUUAUAUGAACAAUACCGGACCUAUUAUGAAAAAGAUGGUGGGCAAUGUGCUCAAAUUUCUUUCUUCCAAGGGUAUAAACCUUCAAAUAAUCGGUAGAAUUCAAGAAAUUCUAGAGUCUACUCAAAAGUUACAGAAAGUUACUCAUAUUGUUCGCCCAUUUCCCAUGGGUUCUUGGCGCAAAGAGCUGAGAUACGCAUGCGAGACAUAUAGUUGUGACAUAAUGCGUGGCAUCUCUGCAAAAUUUGGAGGUGUGAAGACAAAAAAAGAAAAUGAAGAAAUGUUACAAAGGCUUGUUGCAGAGGCCAAUAAUUAUGGAUCAUAUUUUAAUAUACACAAAUUUUACGGAAAAAAGAUUUAA